AGAGCAGCUGUUGGUUCCCAGCUCAGUCCGUCCUAGCAGGAAGCUGAGAAAGCCGCUUCUCCACCUGAGGCCUGGGUUCUGUCUGCCAGAUUAAGAGGGUUGAGGGCAGACCCGGUCCCUCCGCGCGGUCUCCAGUCCAAGUUCAUAGUAGGCCUCGCUAAGCGAUUCAUCCUCGAGGGCAUCCUCUGCGCAGAGGAAGAGAGAAGGUGAGAACUGUCCCAGGGCUUUGGAAAUAUCCGAGAGAGUUUGUCAGUUCCAUUAGUGGAAAAAUAAAUCCAACUGAUAUAAAAAUCCCCAGCUGCCGCUCGCUUCCAAUUUGCCACAGCUCAGAGGUUACCAUCAACAGGCGUAGCCCACAUCGUUGUAAGUGGCGUAUUUUGGGGUCCUACGGCUCCAAAUCGGGCAUCACGCAAAGCCCGCCCAAUCCCCACCGCCUGUAGGGCUCGAGCUGGCCCCUUUAAAGGUUCCCUUCGCGAGCAGAGGGGCGGGUCCUCCUCGUUCGCUUCCGUCUGUAAACGGGGCCGCGAGCGGAGGGUUCCGGGGCCUUCCAAACUACCUGUUGGCCUGGCAACGCCGCCGGCUCUAACCCGGCUGGGGGGCUAGGGGAGGACACGUCCGCGGAGCCGGAGCCUGAGUUUUCCACUACGGGAGUAGCUUCAUGGGUUUUCUAGAUCCCAUCCGCUCAUUAACUCCAGAUGGAGUUUAAGGCCUCGUCCGCCUCUUCUACUUGGCCACCUAGGUCGCUGGCGUGGAUGUUCCCUUCACCCGGCCUUUGGAGACUCAGUUGCUUUUUGAUGGAGGCAGCGGCUGCUGGGUGAGCAGCCGGAGACAGGACAGUGUUCGUCCCUUUGGGAGAGGAUCAAUUUCUCCCGGCGUCACCACCGCUGGAUUAGUGGGGUGCUUUUCCCUCUUUACGCCUCCACUCUUGAAGGGAGAAGAUGCCACUGCCAUUUGGGUUGAAACUGAAACGCACCCGGCGCUACACCGUGUCCAGCAAGAGCUGCCUGGUUGCCCGGAUCCAGCUGCUCAAUAACGAGUUUGUGGAGUUCACGCUGUCUGUGGAGAGCACUGGCCAGGAGAGCCUAGAGGCUGUGGCCCAAAGACUGGAGCUGCGGGAGGUCACUUACUUCAGCCUCUGGUACCACAAUAAGCAAAAUCAGCGCCGGUGGGUAGAUUUGGAAAAACCUCUGAAGAAGCAGCUGGACAAAUACGCGUUGGAACCUACCGUCUAUUUUGGAGUGGUGUUUUAUGUGCCUUCAGUGUCGCAGCUGCAGCAGGAGAUUACCAGGUAUCAGUAUUAUCUGCAGCUGAAGAAAGAUAUCUUGGAAGGAAACAUUCCUUGUACAUUAGAACAAGCGAUUCAGCUAGCAGGCUUAGCUGUCCAAGCUGAUUUUGGUGACUUCGAUCAAUAUGAAUCCCAGGACUUUCUUCAGAAAUUUGCUUUGUUUCCUGUGGGGUGGUUACAAGAUGAAAAAGUACUGGAAGAAGCAACCCAAAAAGUGGCCUUACUACAUCAGAAAUACAGAGGACUCGCAGCACCUGAUGCUGAACUGCUGUACAUGCAGGAGAUAGAGAGGAUGGAUGGCUACGGAGAGGAGAGCUACCCCGCCAAGGAUAGCCAGGGAAGCGACAUAUCCAUUGGCGCAUGUCUUGAAGGCAUCUUUGUGAAACACAAGAACGGAAGGCCACCAGUGAUAUUUAGGUGGCAUGAUAUUGCUAACAUGUCCCACAACAAGUCCUUUUUUGCAUUAGAACUAGCAAAUAAAGAGGAGACCAUCCAGUUUCAAACUGAAGAUAUGGAAACAGCAAAAUAUGUAUGGAGACUCUGUGUUGCACGACACAAAUUUUACAGACUAAACCACUGUAACCUGCAAACUCAGACUGUCCCAGUGAACCCCAUCAGAAGGAGGUCUUCUUCAAGGAUGUCUCUGCCUAAACCUCAGCCCUACGUGAUGCCUCCCCCACCCCCGCUGCACUAUAAUGGACAUUAUACGGAACCAUAUGCUUCCUCCCAAGAUAACCUCUUUGUGCCCAACCAGAAUGGAUACUAUUGUCACUCUCAGACAAGUCUGGAUAGAGCCCAGAUUGACUUCAACGGUCGGAUCCGCAAUGGCAGCGUCUACAGUGCGCACAGCACUAACUCCUUAAAUAACCCGCAGUCCUUCCUGCAGCCCUCGCCCAUGUCCUCCAACCCCAGCAUCACUGGAAGCGACGUCAUGAGACCCGACUACGUCCCCUCCCAUCGGCACAGUGCCCUGAUACCCCCGUCGUACCGCCCGACCCCGGAUUAUGAGACUGUGAUGAAGCAGCUCAACCGGGGCAUGGCGCACGCGGACCGGCAGAGCCACUCGCUGCGGAACCUGAGCCUCGGCAGCUCGUACGCCUACAGCCGGCCCGACGCCCUGGUCUACAGCCAGCCCGAGAUCCGCGAGCACGCGCACUUGGCGUCGCCGCCGUCGUCGGCGCACUACCCGUUCCCCCUGAGCUACAGCUUCCACAGCCAGUCCCCGUACCCCUACCCCGCCGAGAGGCGGCCCGUGGUGGGCGCGGUCAGCGUGCCCGAGCUGACCAACGUGCAGCUGCAGGCCCAGGACUACCCGGCCGCCAACAUCAUGAAGACGCAGGUGUACCGGCCGCCGCCGCCCUACCCGUACCCCAGGCCGGCCAACAGCACCCCGGACCUGUCGCGCCACCUGUACAUCAGCAGCAGCAACCCCGACCUCAUCACCAGGCGCGUGCACCACUCGGUGCAGACGUUCCAGGAGGACAGCCUGCCGGUGGCCCACUCCCUGCAGGAGGUCAGCGAGCCGCUGACGGCCGCGCGGCGCGCGCAGCUGCACAAGAGGAACAGCAUCGAGGUGGCGGGGCUGGCGCACGGGCUCGAGGGCCUGCGGCUCAAGGAGCGGACGCUGUCGGCGUCGGCGGCCGAGGUGGCCCCGCGCGCGCUCUCGGCCGGCUCGCAGCCGAGCGUGUUCACGGAGAGGACGAAGCAAGAAGAGCCCGAGGAGCCCGAAGGCCUGAGGUACGGCCACAAGAAGUCCCUCUCCGACGCCACCAUGCUGAUACACAGCAGCGAGGAGGAGGAGGAGGAUUUCGAGGAGGAGAGCAGAGCGCGCGCCGCGGCCCGGCGGCCCGGAGGCUGCCCCCGGGACCCCGUGCCGGCCGGGCCGCUGCAGAUCCUGGAGCCGCCGCCGCACGGGCCCGGGCCCGGGGUGCUGGAAGCCCAGCGGCCCAGGAGGGACGGGCUGCUGACGCCCUCCAUGUCCGAGUCCGACCUCACCACGUCGGGGCGGUACCGCGCCAGGAGGGACUCUCCGAAGAAGAGGCCGGUGUCGGACCUCCUCUCCGGCAAGAAGAACGUCGUGGAAGGCCUCCCGCCGUUGGGGGGAAUGAAAAAGACUCGAGUAGAUGCAAAAAAAAUUGGUCCUCUUAAAUUGGCUGCCCUAAAUGGACUCUCCCUUUCUCGACUGCCUCUGCCUGAUGAAGGGAAGGAAGUACCUGCCAGAGCAACGAAUGACGAAAGGUGUAAAAUUCUGGAACAACGGUUAGAACAGGGAAUGGUAUUCACAGAAUAUGAAAGAAUUCUUAAAAAACGGCUAGUUGACAGUGAGUGCUCAACAGCACGACUCCCUGAAAAUGCAGAGAGAAAUCGAUUCCAAGAUGUUCUUCCCUAUGAUGAUGCUAGAGUGGAGUUGGUCCCAACUAAAGAAAACAAUACUGGCUACAUCAAUGCAUCGCAUAUUAAGGUCUCUGUCAGUGGAAUCGAGUGGGAUUAUAUUGCCACACAGGGACCAUUACAGAAUACCUGUCAGGAUUUUUGGCAGAUGGUUUGGGAACAGGGAAUUGCAAUUAUAGCAAUGGUGACAGCAGAAGAGGAGGGUGGAAGGGAGAAGAGCUUUAGGUACUGGCCACGACUUGGUUCCAGGCACAACACCGUCACCUAUGGAAGGUUUAAGAUCACAACCCGGUUCCGCACAGACUCUGGUUGCUAUGCCACCACAGGCUUGAAGAUGAAGCACCUUCUCACGGGGCAGGAGAGGACAGUGUGGCAUCUGCAGUACACAGAUUGGCCUGAGCAUGGCUGUCCAGAAGACAUCAAGGGGUUUUUGUCAUACCUUGAAGAGAUCCAAUCUGUUCGACGCCAUACAAAUAGUACAAGUGAACCCAAAAGCCCCAACCCUCCGUUGCUGGUCCACUGCAGUGCUGGAGUAGGAAGGACUGGUGUUGUCAUUUUGUCAGAGAUAAUGAUUGCCUGUCUGGAACACAAUGAGGUGCUGGACAUCCCGAGAGUGCUGGACAUGCUGAGGCAGCAGAGGAUGAUGCUGGUGCAGACCCUCUGCCAGUACACAUUUGUGUACAGAGUUCUCAUUCAGUUCCUGAAAAGCUCCAGGCUCAUCUAAGCUCCCACACUUGUUAUGGGGACCCAAUCAUGUGAAGCGUUUACAGCUAAAAAAAAAAAAAAAAAAGAAGUGCUUGCCUAACUCAUACUUGCCUUCCCUCCACACUUGACCCGGGCAACGACACUUGACCUGGGCAACGCUACUUUGGGACAUAAAUGAUGCGGUGUGAAUGGCAGUGCACUGAAGGAAAUAUGCAAAGCACAAGGGCAAAGAGGGGCUUUUUAGCCUGGGGGAGGUGCUGAAGGAGGACUUGGUUUUGAGGCCAUUGAUCUGCUCCGGUCUGUCCGAUUUGCAAUACUUGCACACAUUUUGGAGAUUUUGUACACAAUUCUCUAUUUUACUGAAGCUAUGCUGGGCAAUUCUGGCAAUCAUUAAAGCACAUAGAUUUCUAUCUUAAACUAGUUUUUGAUAAUGGAAUUUUAUGACUAAAAUAUUUAGGGAUUUUCUUAGCAAGAAACUGAACUUUCCAUGGGGAUGAUCCACAAAUAUGAGUGGUUCCUGUCUAACUUUGUAUUUAAAACCAUGCUAUUAUCUUUUGUUAUUUUUUAAAAACCUUGUUACCAAACUGAAAAGUAUAAGGAGAAUCUACAAGUGUUAUUUUGAAACAUGGAAAGCAUUUUUAUAUCCAGAAAUUUUUUUUAUCCUAAAAAUUCUAUAUAGUUGUACCUUCUAUAUUUUCCACACAGGAGCUCAACUCAUUAAGGUACUGAAAUGAGUCAGUUAAUGUAAAGGAAAGUUGUGAAUGAAGGCACAUUAUUUAAAAUGUAAGAAAAUAAUCAAAUUCACUAUUUUUUCAGUAUUAUUCAUAAACCUAAAUGAGUUUGAUUUAUUGGUUAAAAAUGAAGUGAAAAACAAUUGCCUAGGGUGGUUUUGAGCACUUUUUUGUUGAAAACAAAUAUGAGUUUUAAUAUAUGUGCUGCUUUAUAGAUGAAACAACAAUGGACAUUAUUUCAGAAGGAGUAUUUUGGAUGAGAUAAGGAUUAAGAAUAUGUGAGAUGGGUAGGACAAGAGUACGUGGAGUGUGAUGGUAAAUGCAGGGUGCCUUUGUCUUUACCAAAAUGCAGUAUUGUCUAUACUCAGACGGAGGUGCUGAGAUGGGGAGAGUAGGGCUCAGGAGGGUGGGGGCUGACCCUCCCCCCAGCACUGUCCCCGGGGAAUGCAAGACCUGUCAUUGUCAGUGACUUUUUGUUUCCUGGAAGUUCUUCCACCUAAACCCGUAUUAUUUUUGUUUCAUACGUAAGUUCAGGCUUAUAUUAUCAUUAAGAGAAGCCUUGAAGAGGCUUUAAUAGUUUUCACCUCUUCUCCUAAAACUACAGCCCAAAUUUGUGGGGUUACCAGAGAUUGCUGUGGUAUUCAAGAGGAUUUUAUCUCUUGAAUCCCUUAACUCUACCCCUGGGGUCAAUUUUAGCUAUUUCGUUUCCUCUCCCCAUCCCAUGUAGGUACAUCCUAAUGGACAGAGGGUGAAGAGUGUCUUUGGCCCCAGGCUAAGAUGGGCUUGUCACAGUUCCUGUUGAAUAAGUAAGGAGGAAGCUAUACUUUUAAUCUUCUUUUUCCUUCUUUUUAGGCAGUUUCCUUACAAUGGAGAGCUUCCAAAAUGUCAUAUCUUGGGCUAUUUUCCCAGUUUACAAUAUUCAAGGCAUCAUUCUGAUUUUCCAUAUCACUCCUAGGCUCUAAAUGUUUGUUGUUAGCUAUGCAACUGGAUCUCCUACAUACUGUGUGCGCCAGCCUAACUCUGAUUUACCCAGAAACCAACCACCUAAGAGGGAAAAUCAGAAAAUAUUGAUGAAAAUAAUAUUGAAAGUUGGGCACACAUUUCACUUAGGAACAAAAUAUUAACUUUAGAUCUAAAAUACUUUUAAAGGUCCUGUUUAAAGAACAAUAGACCCAAUAAAAAUAUUCAGAAAGAGCUCCCCAGAAGAAUAGAGUAAGAGUUUUAUGGUAAUAUUUCCCAUCUCAACACUAUAUAAAAGACAGCAAUUUUUCUGAUGCUUUUUUUUUUCCAAUGGUACGUUUUUUAAAAAUGCUUUUCUGUCAGGUUUAAACAUUUUGAAGUGUCCCAUUGACAAGAACAUUGUAAAACAAAAAUCUAAUUAAAGAGUAAUAUAUGGUAUAUUUGUGUUCCUGUUGUAAUAAUUUGUUAAGUAAAUUUUUGAGGGCAAAAUUGUACUGCUUAAAUGUCGCUCUUAAAAUGUCACAUUUGACAUUGUUUCUAAGAGCUAAAUAAUUUUAAACUUUUAAUUGCAGUUAACUAAUAUGAAGGCAUUUCUGAGUAAAAAUCUACGUUGUUGGAGUUUGAAAUGUGAUUUUUCAAGAGCAAACUGUGGAACAUUGAGGUUUCAUAGGUUUGUCAUUUCUGAAUUAAGGAUGUUACUUUUUGCCAAACUUAUAUGAUGCUUCAUGUAUCUUAGUGACUUUGUUCCUGAAUCUUAAUUUCAUAUCAAAAUUAUAUAAAUGUACAUUUCCACAAAAAGGUUAUAAUACAGUGUUUUCCACUGAUCAACUUUGGUACCUCUGGCAUCAGUUUUCCUGAUUAGUGGAGUCUUCUGAUUAAAUAUUUGGUUGACAGUAUUGAGCACCAAAAGUGCUUAUUUCAGAAUAUUAUUUGGAAAGUUAAUUGCAGUCAUUAUAUUCUUCUGGAACAUCUACUGUGAAGUAUUCAGAAAGCCCUAGAAUUUAGUCUUUAAAAUUCUUUGGCAGGAUUAAAACAGAAGCUGGGCCUGUACUUCCUUAGAAACUUCCAGAAAGCAAAGCAACAUGUAGCCAGAAACGGAGGCAGGAGGAGAAUGUGAUGGUGUGGCACUGAGUGAUGACAGCAGGGCAUGGCCAGUUUUUCUGUGAAGCUUUCACCAUCAGAAUAGUCAUUUCAAAUAGGUUGAUGUUAAUGUUCACAAUAUUGAGAGAAUUUAAAUAUUUAACAUAGUUAUAUAUAUAUUUAAAUAUAUCAAAUGAGGUUAGCUACAACUUAUCAAGAAUGGUUUGAGAUUUACAUGAACAAAUGGAAAUAGGAAUUGUUUAUUGUAAAUUGUUUCUUAAAUUGGACUUUUUAAAAGAACUCUUUUGGAUAGAAAUUUAGAGGAAUUUGCUUCCCAGAAAGCUUUUAUGCUGAACAAGCUAAAACUACCCCUUUCCAGUUUAUUUUUUAAAAAGAAAUAGCAGGGAGCUCUUAUUUUAAACUGAGGGAUAGACUUUUCAAAAGUGGAAUAAUGGCUUCAUUAAGAAUUUGCCUGGGAAAACAUUUCUCAAAAGAAUAAAAGUUUUUCAAAUUCCUGUCGACAAGGCUCCAUUUACCCUACUAUCUAUAAUUACUUAAUAGAAAAAUGAGAAAAAAUGAGGAAGUCCAGUUUAAAGUUUGCAUAGGGAUUUU